AUGUACAUUGCCGACCCGGUGGCAGCCUCCAAAUACAUAACCACUGGUACGUCUCUGCCAAAGAGUAACGCCCUCGUGGGAUAUCUUAAUAGGUUCUUGGGCAAAAACAACAUGGUUUCACUCGAGGGCGAUCAAUGGAAAAAUCUCCGCAGCAUCUUCAAUCCCGGCUUCUCCUUGACCAAUAUCAUGAGCCUGUCCGACGUCAUUGUAGAUGCCAGCUUGACUUUUUGCGACAUUAUCAAAAGCAAAGCCGCCUCGGGUGAGCUCUUUGAGCUGGAGGAUCUUCUCACGGGGCUGACUAUUGAAAUCAUCGGAAAGGUGGUUCUCGAUGCCGAUUUGCACGCCCAGACUCGGAGGCACCCAAUCACCACUCUAUUCCGCGAGAGAUCCAAGGACAUGCCUCCAUCAGACGCCGUCUUCCCGUGGCAAGCCGUCGACCUGCUACGGCCUUAUAAGCUCUGGCGCAAUGGUGGAAAGCUAGACCGUGCCAUAAGCAGGGAGCUCGACCUCAAGAUUGAGCGACGUGCAAAGGACUUGAUGGAGGCGGAGAGCAGCGGGAAAUCAGCUGCCAAGAAACGCUCCGUCGUCGAUCUUGCCAUGGAUGCUUAUGAAAAUGAGAUCUCGGCAGCACGAAAUAUCGAUUUCAGACUCUUGGAACCAAAAGACAUGCCAGACAGCUUGCGGUUUGACAUUAGCGACUCGGUCAAGACGUUCAUCUUUGCUGGACACGAUACUACCUCCUCAACACUCUGCUGGGCGAAUUAUUUGCUACACAAACACCCCGAAGUUUACGCCAAAGUCAAAAAGGAAUUGGACACGUAUCUGCCCAGCGGUCUUGCUGAGACGGCUGCCAAGAUCAAGGAGGACCCUUAUAUCGUGAAUAAGCUCGAAUACACCAUUGCAGUUCUCAAAGAGACCUUGCGCAUAUUUCCACCAGCAAGUACAGUGCGUGCUCCUGUGCCGGGCGCUUACGUCGUGGACCCCGCAACGCAGCAAAAGGUCCCCAUGAUUGUCGACGACAACUGUCUCAUAUGGCCGACCGCCCACUUGAUUCAUCGCAACAAGCGUUUCUUUCCCCGUCCAACCGAGUUUAUCCCUGAGCGCUUCAUUCCCAGCCAGACACCAUUUCCCGACGCAGAACUCUUCACGGAAACCGGCAAGGAUGCCUUUCGACCCUUUGAAAAGGGACCGCGGAAUUGUAUCGGGCAGGAAUUGGCCAUGCUCGAGGGCAAAAUCAUCCUUGCCCUCACGGCGCGCGAGUUUGAUUUCGUCUUGGAGUACCCUGGAGAGCAAGCCGACAUACGACACCCGGUACCAGAGAGCACGGCUGAGGAACUUAGUGAGAAUACGGAAUACGGCAAGGCGAUUCGGGCUGGCACGCAAGUCCCAGACCGCGUCGAGGGACAUCGUGUAUACCAGCUGCUUCUUGGAGCUGCCAAGCCUGCUGACGGCUGUCCCGGACGUGUAUACUAUAGGAACAAGUAG